AUGAGGAAAUCGAUGGAGUUAAUCUGCGGCCUGAAUGCCUCUCGUUUGGUGGAGAGGCGCACCAAUGCGGUGCAUGUUGGGCACGUUGGAAGCUCUGCUGCGGUUACCCGCCUUAGAGGGGAGGUUGAGUCAGACGUGGGCACCUCUGAGGCGGAGGUGGAGGAAGACGUGGAAGAGAGUGAGGAGGAGAUUAUGGGGAAGUCUGAGAAGGGAGAGACCCCUGUAACGGACAGCGAAGGGGAGGAUAGCCUCCUUCUACGUGGAGAGAAGAUGAUGGAGAAGAUGGUCGCGGGUCACGCCCUUGGCAGCGCUGAGGGGAGCACCUCGCUGGAGGACGAUCUUUCGAGACAUCCGCAGCGAUUCACCCGGGGUGAGAUUGAAUCCAUGAAUGUGAAAGUUACCUUUCUAGAAAUACGAGUGAAGAAGAAAGGACAGAAUUACGAAAAGCAGACCUUAUCGUCCAUGAACCUCUCAUCCGGACCAGACGCUACACAGUCAAAUGACAUGGCGGGAUGCAAUAGAGAAGAUGUUUGUUGGAGGCGUAGUAAUGAGGAAGUCCAGGGUUUUCCCCCUAUUCGUACUGUUGCUGCCUUUAGCAAGAGGCUUUUCAAAGCAAUUUUACCGACAGUGCUCUCCGAAUUCAUUGAUCCCAACGACACGUCUUCCAUGCCUUCCACGCCCGCUACGAUCAGUUCAUCUGUCUCUGAUUAUAACCCAUCAGGGAGAGCGAUAUUGAAGCUUGACUAUUUAGGCCAGCUCACCGGGUGGUUCUUGUCGUUCUUCCAGGAGACCAUGCUUGGUUCGUCAUCACUGUCGUUGAAUUUUAUAUCAGAAAAUCAGCUAAUAUCACGAGCCGUGGAUAAGAGAGUGGAACAAGUGGUGCGGACAGGUAAGGAAAUAGAGGCAGAACUUGGCUCUCCCAACGAUGGUUGCCCUUGGACGAUGCUGAACAACCCACCUGACGGCCUACACCAAGAUUUGAAACACCAUUCGUCAAAUGACAGGAAUGAAAGUCCAACCGCUCAGUUGCUACGAACAGGCCUCCUUCUAGCACCCCACCAGGUUUUAUAUCCAGGACCCCGCACGAAGCGGAGAGGAACCUCUGAGACUGCAGGGAGUUCUAUUUCGCUGUCACGCGGCAUCUCGACGGCACCAGCAUGA